GAAACUUAGUUCAACUUUAGCAUGCCAUUUUGCUUAUAAAUGAUCAACUUACGCUGAUAUCAUUGAUCACACGUGCGGGUGUCCAUGAUUUUUCUUUCUUGAAGUGCAAGUAUCCAAUUAAAAGAAUUUGUUAUAACCAAUUUGGUGAGUUAACAAUUGAAAUUUAAUACUUUAGCCUACCUAACAGGUUGGUAUAAUAAAUACAAUUUGUGCAUGCGUCACAUUGGGCAUAAAGCUGAUUGUUAAGCUGUAAAUUAUUUUAUGAAUAUCUUUAAUAGAAAGCAUAAUAGCAUAUUGUUAAGAAUUGUCAAAUUAUGUCUGGUGGGGCACUCAUGUCCAUAUCAAUGAGUUGCCAUUCAACUCCGGAACAGGGCGCAUCUUUCUGCAGCUUCACAAUGAUCACGCCAAUUUUAUAUCUUUUCCACCAGACCGAGUUGUAUCCUAUCGCUCUGGCCACUAUACACGAGAGAUACCCUUGCGAGCAAUGGCUGCAGGUUUUUACUGAUGGAUCCGCCACUUUUUCAACUGGUAGAGCUGGAGCCGGUGCUUACUCUAAAUAUUUCAGCCUUAGAGAACCUCUUGACACUUGGGCAGAUAAUUUUGAUGGAGAAAUGUUUGCAAUCCUUAUGGCUAUUACAGCUAUUGGUGAACCAUCUGAACAAAACAUUGUCAUCUUUGUCGAUUCUCAGACUGCUAUUCAGACCACUUCUGAAUAUAAUUUAUAUCCCUCUGAACUCGAAUUUAAGUGUAAACAACGCAUUGACUCUCUUCUUUGUUCUGGAAGAGAGGUAGUCCUCCAGUGGGUCCCUGGCCACUGUGGCAUUUACGGAAAUGAACGGGCUGACAUGUUGGCUAGAGAGGCUUCAGCACUGCAUCCAUCUUCUCAUCCAGUUCCCUUUAGAAAUGCAAGGCGGCUUCUUAAGAGUAAAUGCAGGCACAGAACAAUAUCUGCUCUUAGGGACUUAGCUGAUGGAAAAUCCUGGGCUAGCNUGCAUGCAUCAUAUUGUGCAUAA